AUGAUUCUGACGGCAUCAACACUAACAGUGCUUGUCUCGUGCCAUCAAGUCUGUUUCAUCGGCUGGGAGUGCAACCCACAAUCUGGUAUCCCGCUCCGUUGGUUUUUACCGUACAAAGAUCCGUGCAAAUGCACCGCUAUACGUCUCGGAGGUGUGGACAUUCCUGAUUCGUCGUACCGGUCAGAAGCACCUCGCUAUCUUGAUAAGCUCAUCAUCAGUGAGGACCCCGCUGAAAUACAGACAUUCUACACUUGCAAAGAAUGCAACAGCACCUACCAUUUGGUGCCCUAUCGUCGCAAGUUUCCAUUCCCUGCCUUUCAUGACGCGUUCGUAUUGGACUUCUCCGUGCAGGCCCGCAAUGCCGCAAUGGUCGUCUUGUCCACGGACGGUACAGAGGCAGGCGAUCAGUACCAAAUGGUUCUUGGAAUCGGUGGGGGCAUCGCUAUCAGACGUUGCACGGAGUGCAGAAAACUCCAUUUCGUGUCAUCUCCAGGCGUACUGAGCGAGCAGGAGAUGCGACGCUUCUGGCUGCGUCACGACAACGGCACCUUCGCCCUAGGCAAGCACCAGCAGGCAGCCUACUUCAAGUGGACCGACCCAGAACCCAAAGCUGCCCCGUUGUUCUAUGGCUUUGCCAGCUGGGACUGGCCCCAGACCUGGGCGGCCCAUCAUGCCUGUCACUAAAAGCCUGCGGAAUUGGUAGAAGGAGGUGUGGGCGUUCCUCGCCAACCUUCUCGUUAUUAAAUGUUCCAUUUUUUUUCUCGUUGACAUCGUUUACAUGUCAGAAAUAUUGGGUGUCUGACUGUAUAUACACGACACACACACAUACAUGUUUGCCUUUUAAAACUAGCGGUAAAACUAGCCUUGCAAGAUAUAUAGAGAAUUAACAUGCUCCACGGAUUAUGCCCCCCCCCCCCCUUAAAAAAAGUCUUCGGUUUCUGGUAUGGAGCUUGCCCCAAUAGGGUGCGGCGAUGUGGCUUUGUUUUCCUCUACUUUUUUUUCUUCUUCAAAUGUCAGCUGAUGUUGCAAAUGAUGACGCUUUGAUCCCCUUAAAGUUCUCAAAAAUAUCCUUUAGGGUGGAGCUUGAGGUGACCUCAGCAAGGCAUAAGGCUUGAGAAAUCUGCACCCAUAGGCCAACGAUCUCGACGGACACGACAAUUCUUCGGAAAAUUUGGAUAGUCAAGACAGAAAUCAGAGAAAGCGGUAACGUCAGACGAUACAGCGAAAUCGUGCAUGGGCUGCCAGGCCGGUCAUAAGUCUGCUCCCUUACAUAUUGCAUUAAUUAUAAAGUGUUUACAGGUUCCAGAUAUACGACCAUCGCUUCCACACUCACAAAAAAAAUCACUAUCUGCAAAUGUUUCCCGACUAUUCUGUGCAAAACAAAUGGGAGCCAAGAAAGGCCCCAUAAAGCUUAUACUCGAUUGUAAACCACAUCUAAAAACACGUUAAAAUUGCGCAGCAGCAGGAUUUCGGUCAAAUCGGUGAGAUUGGCGGUAUUGAAACUUCAUCCGACAUAAAAAAAAAA